GAAUGGAGGCGAUCGGCAGUCAGCUGGGAAACGGGAGAGAUGCAAGCUCCUCCCCAAAUUCAAAGCAAGAGCUGCAGCCGUACCAGGGCUCCAAUACCCUGAAGCCCAACCAAGUGGGUGAGACCUCUCUGUACGGAGUGCCCAUCGUGUCCCUGGUCAUCGACGGGCAGGAACGGCUGUGCCUGGCGCAGAUCUCCAACACUCUGCUCAAGAACUACAGCUACAAUGAGAUCCACAACCGGCGCGUGGCCCUGGGCAUCACCUGCGUGCAGUGCACGCCCGUGCAGCUGGAGAUCCUGCGGCGGGCCGGGGCCAUGCCCAUCUCGUCGCGCCGCUGCGGCAUGAUCACCAAGCGGGAGGCCGAGCGGCUCUGCAAGUCCUUCCUGGGCGAGCACAAGCCGCCCAAGCUGCCCGAGAACUUCGCCUUCGACGUGGUGCACGAGUGCGCCUGGGGCUCGCGGGGCAGCUUCAUCCCCGCCCGCUACAACAGCUCCCGCGCCAAGUGCAUCAAGUGCAGCUACUGCAGCAUGUACUUCUCCCCCAACAAGUUCAUCUUCCACUCGCACCGCACCCCGGACUCCAAAUACACGCAGCCCGACGCCGCCAACUUCAACUCGUGGCGCCGCCACCUCAAGCUCAGCGACAAGACGGCUACCGAGGAGCUGUCGCACGCCUGGGAGGAUGUCAAGGCCAUGUUCAACGGCGGCACCCGCAAGCGGACC